UUGUGGGCGUGUGUCCAGUGUCCGCCCGCACUGUACCGUAACAUUACGCGUGAUUACUCGCCAUACUAGACAGUUUGUUCAUUCAGUUAUUUUACAUCUUGACAAUAUGGUUGACCAAAGGGCAUAAGAUCCUAUAGAAACUCAGGUGAAGAUGGACAGCGCGCCGCGCGUGGCGGUGGUGGGGGGUGGCGUGGUGGGGAUGACGGUGAUCAGGGUGCUGCAGGCCGAGCUGCCUCGAGCACAGGUCACGCUUAUAGCGGAGAACUUAGGUGAUGACACGACGAGCUGCGUGGCGGCGGGCAUCUUCCGGCCCGGCACCAGCUUCCGCGGCCCUACACCGGAGAUCACGCAGCGGUGGAUCGACGACUCCUGGCGCUACUGGCAGGACAUCCUCCGCACCGCCGACGCCCCGCGCGCCGGCGUCACCGAGCUCGGCGCAUACAUCUUCUCGCGGGAUAACUACCACGUUACCAGGAACCACCUCAUAGAGAAGCUGGUGCCGGUCUACCGCGAGGUGCAGGAUGACGAGCUCCGCCUCUGCGCCGGGGACUGGCGGCACGGCUCCUACUUCUCCACCGUCAAGAUCGGCUGCGAUAACUACCUGCCGUGGGUGGAGCGAUCUUUCUUACGGGGAGGCGGGAAAAUAUUGCGGGAGAAGGUGGCGAGUCUCUCAACGCUGGGGGGACAGUACGAGCUCGUGUUCAACUGUACGGGGAUGGGCGCGAAGCUGCUGUGCGGGGACCACGACCUGGUGCCGCUGCGGGGGCAGGUGCUGCGCGUGCGGGCCCCCUGGCUGAAGACGGCGUUCUACGGGGACUACGACACGUACGUGAUCCCGGGCGCGGGCGGCGCCGUGACGCUGGGCGGCGUGCGACAGUACGACAGCUACGACCUAAGCGUCAGCCCCCACGACACCGCCGCCAUCCGCGAGCGCUGCGAGGCGCUGCUGCCGGCGCUGCGGGGGGCGGAGCUCCUGGCACAGCGCGUGGGGCUGCGGCCGCACCGCGUGCCGGUGCGCGUGGAGGCCGAGCUGGGCUGGAGCCCCGUGGUGCACUGCUACGGGCACGGCGGGUACGGCGUCACGUGCGCGCCCGGCACCGCGCUGCACGCCGUCAGGAUCGGCCUCGACCUCCUCCGCGGUAACACCCGGAGUAAGAUAUAGAGACUCGAUAUUUGGAAAUUUGUAGCGAUUGUCGUUUUAUUGUUAUAAGAAUUUUAAGGUUAGAAUAAUAUUAUGUGCUCAUUUUUUUUUUAAUAUUGGAUUGAAGUACCAUAUUAAUUUUACGGAAAAAAGUGCUGCCAUUCUCCAUGCCCAUUUAUUUUAACCUUAAGGUUAAUACGUUGAUUACGUCAACUGCACAAACGUAGAAAGGGAUAAAAUUAUGAGGUGAUCAGAAGGAAGAUAAACAUCUGUGCGUCGUUAUUUAUGCUGUUAACUCAAAAUUCAAUAAAAUGUAAAAGCGAACAUAUCUUUAUAUUACAGUGGAAGAAUAUUAUAUUACCCGUCGAGUGUGGUUUAAUAAUUAAUUAAUUCAAUCUCAUUCUUCGUGGAUCACGCUGCUGUUUGUUCGGGAGCUUCUAUCUCCACGUAGUAUUAUACUCUUGCUUCAAUUUAUAUUUAGUAUUUACUAUUUACUUAAUACUUGUUUAAACACUUCCCCAGCGAUUCUCUUAACUUUUCUCGAACGCACCAACUCAGUGGUUUUAAUUUGAUGGAAUAUUCUCUUAUUAAAAAGUCUCCAAAAUGUAUAAUGUAUACACUUACGAGUUAUUAAUGGCUUUGGUGCUAAUCAUUGUUGCGUAAUAUUUACUGUGCACUUAUAUAUUAUUUAAUAUUUAGAUAAUGUCAUUUUUCUAAUUAGCUGCUUUAGAAAAAACAUUUCUAACAAAUAACAACUAAGUACAUUAAUUUGUUACAGCGAGAGGCCAAGUUAUUGUUUUCUUCGAAUAUGUUUGAGAUUUGUAAGGAAUACGAGCGUGGCAGCAGGAUGUAGGUAGUAGGAAAAUAACUAGAGAUUCAAAUCAUAAUAUAUUGCAUUUUAAUAUUGCCUGAAACUUUGUGCAUAAAUUCUUUUACAGUGCUACCCGCACAUGAUGCCGAAAUAUUAACCAUCCUAUGUACUAUGUAGUAAGUAUGUCCUUUUCCCGGGAACCUAAUACCCUCGACAUAAUCUUAGUUACAUGAGGUCGUAAAUAUAAACACUACUGGUUGCUAA